UGUGUUUUAUCUCACCUGUACCAGUACCGACGUACCGGCUUACAAGCUACAAAAUGAGGUCGCAGAAUAAAGUUGUUUUUUCCCAUGUUCUCUGAACGCAGCACCUAUGUUAGCAAGGGCAGGGGCGGAGUUAAUGUGCCUCAUCAACUUCCGGGAGAACAGCGUGAGCUGAGAAUGUCCACAUGUGUUUAAAACCAGGGUAUAUUGUCCCGGUCCUUCCAGUGCUCCCAGUCCCUUCUAGUUUGUGAGUGGACUCAGCGGCACCGCGUGGACAUUGUGUCUCAGAUUCAGCUCUGGUCUGAUUCUGCUGUCUCUGAGCAGUGUGGAUGAACGUGCCGUUAGCCUCACAGUUAGCGCUUACUGCUUGUCACAGUCCACACAGACAGCAGCGUGGGGACCAAAAGUCCACAGAAAGACCUCACCUUUUGUCUUCAUUGUCUCCGAGUUAACAAAGUCCGUGUUUAGAAGCCAGCAGCUGCUCAACUGUCUGUCCGACGAACUUCCGGCGCGCUUCUGAGGCUAACGUUAGCAACAACAGUCUGUAAGUAAACGAGCCGUCAGUGGGACACAACUUCAUGUGACGCAGACCGUGUCCCUUCACUGUCCCCGUGUCACCUCACCGGAACGUUUCAGCAUCAGUCAAACCUUGUCGGGGAAAGCAGGUCGGUGUUGGAUCAGUGUGAGGAGCUGGCCAUGGGACACACCAGCCUGGACAAGAUCAUCGCUCUGCAGAGGAACCCUGCCAACAUCAGGAACCUGUGCAUCCUGGCACAUGUGGACCACGGUAAAACUACUUUGGCCGACUGCUUAGUGGCGAGUAAUGGCAUCAUAUCCAGUCGCCUGGCUGGGAAGCUGAGGUAUCUGGACAGCAGGGAGGACGAGCAGCUCCGAGGAAUCACCAUGAAGUCCAGCGCCAUCUCUCUGCAUUACACACAUGAGGAUCGCGAGCACUUACUGAAUCUGAUCGACUCUCCCGGUCACGUUGACUUCUCCUCAGAAGUGUCCACUGCUGUCAGGCUGUGUGACGGUGCCAUUGUAGUAGUUGAUGCAGUGGAGGGAGUGUGUCCACAGACCCAGGUUGUGCUGCGGCAGGCGUGGCUGGAGAACAUCAGGCCUGUUCUAGUUAUCAAUAAGAUAGACCGACUUAUCAUGGAGCUGAAGCUCACCUCCCAGGAAGCUUACAACCACCUGCAGAAGAUCCUUGAACAGGUGAAUGCAGUGACAGGGACUUUGUUCACAUCCAAAGUGCUGGAGGAGCGAGCAGAAAAAGAAAAGGAGGAGGAGAAAGAGAGCGAGACGUCGAGUGGAGAUCAGUUUUAUGACUGGAGCGCAGGACUGGAGGAGGCGGACGACUCCCAACUCUACUUUUCUCCCGACCAAGGAAAUGUGGUUUUUGCCAGCGCCAUAGACGGCUGGGGUUUCAGCAUUCAGCAGUUUGCCCGCAUCUACAGCGAGAGAAUGGGCAUUAAGGCAGAGGUGCUGCUCAAAACCCUGUGGGGGGAUUUCUACCUCAAUGCAAAAGCAAAGAGGAUCAUGAAAGGAGCUCAGGCCAAAGGAAAAAAGCCACUGUUUGUGCAGCUUGUGCUGGACAACAUUUGGAGUUUAUAUGAUGCUGUUGUCAUCAGGAGAGACAAGGAGAAGGUGGAGAAGGUCGUGACAUCACUGGGGGUGAAGGUGAUGGCCAGGGACUCUCGUCACUCUGACCCCAAAGUCCUCCUCUCUGCCAUCUGCAGCCAGUGGUUACCUGUGUCCCAGGCUGUCCUCUCGAUGGUGUGUGAGAAACUUCCCAGUCCCUUAGACAUGACGGCAGAGAGGGUGGAGAAACUGAUGAGUGUCGGUGCACGGCGAUUUGACUCCUUGCCUGAACAGACGCAAGAGCUGAAAAGAGCCUUCCUCCAGUGUUCAAGUGGGGAGGAUGAUCCUCUCAUUGUGUUUGUGUCGAAGAUGUUUGCUGUUGACAACAAAGCCUUGCCUCAGAACAGACAGAGGCCGCUGACCCAGGAGGAGAUUGCCCAGCGCAGGGAGCUGGCUCGACAGAGACAUGCUGAGAGGAUGACAGCUGAUCAGACAGCAACAGAAAGCAAUAAAGACAUCGUCCGCUCAGGGUGUACGCCACAGGAAGACUCACCUGCAGGAUCUACCACAGCUAAGAUGGAGAGUCUUACACUGAAGGAUUCAAAGGCAGAGGAGGAAGAGGAGCAGGGGACCUUCAUAGCAUUUGCGCGGGUUUACAGCGGUGUGGUCAAGAAAGGAAAGAGGGCGUUUGUACUGGGACCAAAGUAUGACCCUGCCCAGAGCCUGAGCAUGCUGCCAGAAGGCUGCAGUGCUUCAGACUGUGUGCCUGAUGUGCCUCAUCUGUCCUGUUGCUGCAUAAACAGCCUGUACCUGCUGAUGGGCAGAGAGCUGGAGGAGCUUGAGGAGGUGCCUGCUGGAAAUGUCCUGGGUAUUGGAGGUCUGGAGGAGUGCGUUUUAAAGUCGGCCACCUUGUCAACUUCCCCUGCCUGCCCGCCCUUCAUCCCUCUAAACUUUGAGGCCACGCCCAUUGUAAGGGUUGCCAUAGAACCCAAACACCCAAGUGAGAUGCCAAAGCUGGUGCGUGGGAUGCGUUUGUUGAACCAGGCAGAUCCCUGUGCUGAGGUUCUGAUCCAAGAAACAGGAGAACAUGUUCUAGUCACUGCUGGUGAGGUUCAUCUCCAACGCUGCCUGGAUGACCUGAAAGACCGGUUUGCUAAAAUUGAGAUCAGCGCAUCCAAGCCAAUAAUUCCAUUCAGAGAAACAGUGAUACGUCCUCCAAAAGUGGACAUGGUUAAUGAAGACCUUGGCAAGCAGCAAAAAGUUGCCAUCAUCCACCAGGUGAAGGAGGAGGCCUCUCAGGGUCGUCUGUCCGAUACCCUACAUGUGGACCCCAGUGGCCUGGUCACCCUCACCACCCCCAACAGACUGGCCACUGUCAGCGUGCGGGCGAUCCCUCUGCCACAGGAGGUGACCCUUCUGUUGGAGAACAGCACAGAGCUGAUCCGGACUCUGGAGCAGGUAAACAUGUCCCUGAGGGAGGGGAAGAGUCUGGAUGUCAGCCUCAGGACCCUGGAGGCCAUCUCGGAACUCAAGGCCCAGCUGGAGAGUCUGCUGCAGGGGAGGAAGUGGAGGAAUGCUGUGGAGCGUAUCUGGGCCUUUGGGCCUCGCAGAUAUGGUCCCAAUAUUCUGCUGAACAGUGUGGAGGGCUACCAGCGGCCCUCGCUGUGGCAGUGUCUGGCCAGGGGAGACAAAGCUGGCGAGGCUGGAUCUCAGGCCGCCAUCACACGAGACCUGGAUAACAGCAUCAUCAGCGGCUUCCAGCUAGCAUCUCUAUCAGGGCCCAUGUGUGAAGAACCCCUAAUGGGCGUUUGCUUCUCUGUGGAGAGGUGGGACAUCCAGUCUUCAGCCCUGCCACAACAUCAGGACUCCUUGGAGGAGGACACCAUCUCCCAUGAGGCUUUAGCGGACAGCAAAGUGAAAGGAAGCACUGAGACAUGUGCCCAGACGGAGGGCACAGCAGCAGGAGAAGCGGGCCAGGCCAGGCACAGGCCCGACUCUUCAGCUGCAGACUGCUACGGGCCCGUCUCUGGCCAGCUGAUCGCUGCCAUGAAGGAGGCCUGCCGUCACGCCUUCCAGGCUCAGCCCCAGAGACUCAUGGCUGCCAUGUACACCUGCGAGGUCAUGGCCACUGCUGAGGUGCUGGGCAGAGUAUAUGGUGUGCUUGGGAGGCGAGAGGGCCGCGUCCUCCACGAAGAGAUGAAGGAAGGGACGGACAUGUUCAUCAUCAAGGCUGUCCUUCCUGUGGCUGAGAGCUUCGGAUUUGCCGACGAGAUCCGCAAGAGGACCAGCGGAUUGGCGAGUCCACAGCUCGUCUUCAGCCACUGGGAGGUGAUCAGCAGUGAUCCAUACUGGGUUCCCACCACAGAGGAAGAAUACCUGCACUUUGGGGAGAAAGCCGACUCUGCAAACCAGGCCCUCAAAUACAUGAACGCUGUCCGCCGCCGCAAAGGCCUAUACGUGGAGGAGAAGAUAGUAGAGCAUGCAGAGAAGCAGAGAACACUCAGCAAGAACAAGUAGAGAAGGGGACACACAGAGGAUACUGUCAGACGCAGCUCCUCCAGUCAGGCUGUGAAACACUGCUGACAUCCAUCCAUCCGUUCAUCUAGCCAGGACUGCACUGCACACCAGAGACUGUGCUCUUUUAACAAUGUUAUUCAUUACAGAGGGACAGAUGUGUCCAAAUGCAGCAGCAGUGGAACUGCAGAAACAAAUGGGAAACUACUCUUACAGCCUUGCUGUUCAUCAGGGUUCCCACAGUCAUGAAAUGAAACUAGAAAAAGUCAUCCAGGCAUGGAAAUGGUUUGAAAUUACCAGAAUAAUUUGGAAAAGUUGAACAUUGUUUGGCUAUUGUUCAAAUUAUGUUCAGUAAAAUUUCAAAACAUGUCAUUAGUUACACGAAAUAUGUCCCUUGUAUUACUAAUUUAAAAUCUUGUGCUGCACUUUGUGACUAUUAAACCAUCAGUGUCACAUGACACACAUAGACCAGACCAGCAACACAUCAUCAUCUCUGUCACACCCCCUGCGGGGCAAAGAAAUAUGUUGUCACAUGAGGAGAGAAAGGAAAAUAUCAUGGGUUAUUUAAGACUCUCACACUGACAUCUGCGGCACAGUUGAUAUGUGAAUAAUCAGUGUGAGAGUGCUUAAUGGCUAAAUGACGCUGCUGACAGUUACCACUGAUGGACAGCUGGAGUGGGAGGCUGCCGCAGUAACAUCAGCACAACAACUAAGCACAAAACUAAAGGGACAUGACAGAGUUCAAUUUUUAUUUAUGACAGACAGUCACAUGAGAGUGUUGAAUGGCCGAGCAGUGUGCUGAUCUGCAAAUGCUUUGGAGGUGUGUUUAAUAAUGUAUGGAUUUAUUACUAUAUGGCCUACACAUUUAAAACAACUUACAUAAGGUCAUAGAAAUUGGGUAAAAUAUUAUGAAAAAGUUUUGAAAUUUCAUUGAUGAAAAUGUGUAGGAUCCCUUAAUUUGACAGUUGCAUAUUUUCUUGUGCAGCAGAAUAUAUUUUACAAUUAACCUGUGUGUGAGUUUUCAUUAAAUGGGCUGACUGGUACAUACAUAUUGAGAAUAAAAUAUGUAUCACACAGUCGG